AGGUUUACAAGUUUUCACUCUCAUCGUCUUCUCCAGCUCACUGAUUCCUGUAAUCCCAAACAAAGCAAUCCAAAUGCCCAAAACUUCUCUCUGUUUGCUUCGCAUCACUCUCUUCUCUUCCAUAUCGAUCUCUUUCUAUUCCUGCCAUUUUUCUUCUCCUUCUUAAUGAGUUAAGCGCCACUCUAUGAGCUCCGGGACAUUCCCCAAUGGGUUGCGUUCUUGGCAGACAAGCCGCCGACGGUCGCCGGAGCGCAUCCGGACCUCCUCGUCGACACCGGAGUACGGAUCACCACUCUCAUAGCGAUGGAGUUAAUGGUGAGAAAGUUAAGAAAGAAACGACUACAGCGGAAAACCAGGGAGUUCGGCAGGACGUGGAUUCCUUGUCCGUAGAGCGUCGGAGGCCUUCAUCAGGCAUUUGCCAAAGGAAUGAGCAAGGUUGGCCGUCGUGGCUUCUGGCAGUAGCCGGCGAGGUGAUCCAAGGAUGGACGCCUCGUCGAGCCAAUACGUUUGAGAAGCUUGCUAAGAUUGGGCAAGGGACGUAUAGCAAUGUGUACAAGGCGAGGGAUCUUAUUACUGGGAAAAUUGUUGCUCUGAAGAAGGUUAGGUUUGAUAAUUUAGAACCAGAGAGCGUAAGGUUUAUGGCCAGAGAGAUUUUGGUCCUGAAAUGCCUCGAUCAUCCCAAUGUGCUUAAGCUUGAAGGCUUAGUUACUUCGAGAAUGUCGUGUAGUCUUUACUUAGUGUUCGAGUAUAUGGAACACGACCUCGCCGGACUUGCUGCCGGUCAAGGAGUCAAGUUCACGGAACCUCAGGUCAAAUGCUACAUGAAGCAACUAUUGUCCGGGCUUGAGCACUGUCACAACCGAGGUGUUUUGCAUCGUGAUAUAAAGGGUUCCAAUUUGCUAAUUGAUAACGAAGGAGUACUGAAAAUAGCUGAUUUUGGGUUAGCUACUUUCUUUGAUCCUGAGCAGAAGCAGAAUAUGACUAGUCGAGUUGUAACGCUUUGGUACCGCCCACCUGAACUAUUGCUUGGAGCUACUCUUUAUGGUAUAGGGGUUGAUCUUUGGAGUGCUGGCUGCAUCUUGGGCGAGCUGCUUGCUGGGAGGCCAAUCAUGCCAGGAAGGACAGAGGUCGAACAACUUCAUAAGAUAUUUAAAUUAUGUGGUUCUCCAUCUGAGGAUUACUGGAAGAAGUACAAAUUGCCAAAUGCAACUCUGUUUAAACCCCAGCAACCAUACAAACGCUGCAUUGUGGAAACGUUCGAAGAUUUUCCAUCUUCGUCUCUACCCCUUAUCGAAUCUCUCCUUUCAAUGGACCCCGACGGGCGAGGUACUGCCACUGCUGCUCUGAAUAGCGAAUUCUUUACAACCGAGCCUCUUGCUUGUGAACCAUCAAGUCUGCCUAAAUAUCCUCCUAGCAAAGAAUUGGAUGUAAAAUUGAGAGACGAGGAAGCUAGAAGGCAAAGAGGUCUAAGUGGGAAAGCAACAGCUGCUGAUGGUGGUGGCAGGAGAGUAAGAGUACGCGAUCGAGUUGGUCGGGCUGUCCCAGCUCCUGAAGCCAAUGCAGAGAUGCAAUCAAACUUGGAUAGGUGGAGAAAUGUGACAAAAGCAAAUGGUAAGAGCAAGAGCGAGAAGUUCCCCCCGCCUCAUCAAGAUGGUGCAGUGGGGUACCCGCCACAUGAGACAUCCCAGAGGAGCCAUUUUUCAUUUGGUGCACCUGGUACUUCCUUCAGCUCCUCAAUUUUUAAUUCAAAAUCUGGAUCUGUGAAAAGUACAGGAGCUCCUGGGGGGCCUUCUCGGAGGAAGAAAGCGGAUAAAGAUAACCCAUCAGUGUCUUCAUCUGGAAAAUUCAUCCGUGCACUGAAGCCAUCAAUCGGGUUAUCCAUGGAUCUUUUGUUUAGAGGUAAAUAGAAACAUACAUAAUGUUGAGUUUUUGAGAUGCCAAAUCUGAAAUAGCGAAGAAUGUAUGAAUUAAAAUGGGUUUAUUUGUACACUCCAAAUCAAGUUCUUCCCCAUCUCAGCUUGGUUCAUAAGCUACUACUACAGAGUAGAUGUAGAAGAAAGCCUGAGGAGAUUUCUGUAUAUUCUGCAAGAUGAGGUUCCACAAAUGCCAUCAUUUUGCUUUGCCUUUUAGUAAUAUCAUAAUUAUCAUUAUUUUUGGACAUUUAGAUUGGUAUUCUUAUGAAGUUGAAUUCU